CUUAUUCUUCGGAUCAAAACAACAAAAACGGAUACUUUACAAUGGCAACCCCUCGCGGAUUGAAGCUCAAGCUUCCGGAGUCCUACAACGGCAAACGCGACUUGAUGGUAAUUGAGAACUGGUGUUUCUCAGUUGAUCAGUACCUCAGUCUCGCCGAGGAUAUCAGAGCCGGGAAACAUUCAGCGUUUGUCGGAACAUUGCUUACGGGUAAUGCAUUGUCAUGGUAUCGCGCGCAGCUCAGGGCUUGGGAGGUCAAGGGUAAGGACCCUGCGGCAUUGACUUGGGACAGCAUCAAACGUGGUCUCAUGAAGUACUUCGCCCCUGUGAACGCUGCAAGAUCACUCAGAGAUGAGGGGCACAGCUCUCGUCAGACAACGUCGGUUGGUGAAUACGUUACUCAACUCACAACCUACGCAUCCACAUCUUGGAACUCAGCGACAUCAAAUUUCUCAACAAAUUCAUCCAUGGUUGAAGCCAAAGGUCAGUUUGGAACUCAAACUUUGCCACCCGCAGACUCUGGACGAAGUCAUCAUGAUUGCGGACCGAUACGACAGUAUUACGUUCGGCAACAGGAUUCUUGAUUCGGGCUAGCACAACUUCAUGUCCUACAGAAACGCUCCACUUCGUUACGGUUUGAGCGAUGGUCGCUCUGGAGGGAACGUCGCCAUAGAGAUUGAUGCUGUACGUUUCACCAAACGUUUGUUAGGGGAAGCGCCCGUGAGUUCAGGCUCGAUAUCAGCACAAGGAAGUGUUACAACUGUGGACGCUUUGGUCAUUAUGCUCGAGACCGUGAGACGCAAAAGCGUGGCAACACCAACAGGAACAUGAG